ACGAAUUUUUCCCGAUUCCCCGGUAUGGAGUUCUAGUCAGGAAUUAUUGUAUUUCAAUUUAACGCUGGAAGAGUAAAUUCGAACUACAACAAGGAAGCACACGUGGCUCUCUCCUCCGAAAUAUAACCGGCGCGAGAGGAGUCUAUGGAGGAAGAAGAAGAAGAAGAAGAAGAAGAAGAAGAUGUUCUUCACGAGCGCGGUAAUGUUAAGUAUAAUUAUAUUGAAAUACGGGAGGAAAACGCGCGGCGGUUUAGAAAUUUCUAUAUAUUAGGACGAGAGGCUAGUAUAAAAAUUUUCUCACCCGUCGAAGGCACCGACAUCGCUAAACAUUUAGAAAAGGCGUUCCGCGAAAUCUAUUCUUACAACGUUAAUUCCUCUAACGCGAGCGAUUACGUGGGUCUGUCUUUCACCUCGACGGCUUUAACACGCGGGCCGGCCAGUUUGUCGUUUCGCCUGGUACGAGACUUGAAUCACGAGGAUAUCUGGGACCUCGUAAGCUCGGUAGCGCAGAGCGCCGGGCGUCACGAUAUCGCGGAACGUUUUUUAAUAACGGUGUACAAUGUCGGGAUGCCUUCGGGCCGAGGGGGAAAAUCGAAUUAAGAUAAUCCCGCUCGGCGGUUAUAAGGGUGUCAACGCGCAAUCGCGUAAAGCGUUGCAAUGGUUAUUGCUGAUAGAACAUGAGUUUGGACGCACGAUAAUUUACGCGGGGAGAGAUCGGGAACAGCGUUUAUCGGAAGGCUUGCUCGUCGACGGAUAUUAUGAGACGGAGAAUCCCCGGCAGCGUCACGUGCUGCAGUUUCACGGCUGUUUUUGGCACGGAUGUCCCGAGUGUUUUCGCGUGAACUGCGACAGACCGCUCUCAACCGUCGCGCGAGGAUACGAUCGAAGCGCGUUACGAGCGCACACUCGCGACGACGUAUCGUCUUAGAAAACGGGGGUACGUCGUUACGGAAAAGUGGAAGUGUAUCUUCGAUCGGGAGCUGGCGAAAAUCGCGAGAUACGCGAAUUUGUUGAGAAUCAUCCCAUGUUGAGAAACAAUCCCCUCGAACCUCGCGAGGCGUUCUACGACGGGCGUACGGAAAAUAUUGUCACGUGGUACGAAGUUACGGGUACGGAGAAGAUACGCUACGUGGACGUGUGUUCUUUGUACCCGUAUGUGCUGAAGACGGGUGCUUUUCCGCUCGGUCAUCCGGACAUUUACGUGGGUGAGGAGUGUUGUGCCUUAAUCAGAGCAGGCCCCGAUUUUAACUUUGACGUCAUAGAAGGCUUCGUACGUUGUAGAGUACUCGCGCCGCGUGAUCUCUUCCAUCCGGUACUCCCUUAUCGCGUGAACGGAAAAUUGCUAUUCGCGCUUUGUCGCAACUGCUGCGAGACAUUUUCUCAGACCGCGUGUACGCACGACGACUCUGCCGAUUGCGAAUUCGAAGACGCGUGGGUGUCUUGCGAGUUACGCAAAGCUAUCGAGAAAGGUUAUCGCGUCACAAGCGUGAACGAAACAUGGAGCUACGAAAUUACGCGAUACGAUCCGGUUACGCGGCGGGGGGAUUGUUCGCCGAGUAUAUCAACUACUUUCUGCAGAAAGCAAGAGGCCAGCGGAUAGCCGAACGAAUGCGCGAAUGACGAAGGCGGCAAGGAACGGUAUCUGCGCGAAUACGAGAAAGUCGAGGGUAUUGUUCUCAAUAGGGCGAAUAUCUCCCCGAAUCCAGGCUUGCGCUCGGUCGCGAAGCUCUGUCUCAAUUCCUUCUGGGGUAAAUUCGGCCAACGGUCCAAUCUACCGAAUACCGAGAUCGUUAAAACGUGGGAGAGUUUUACGGCUCUGCUCACGAGCCCGGAGCACGAAAUAACAAAUGUAUUGCCCGUAAACGACGAAGUGAUAUAUGUUUCGUGGCGAAUGAGGCGAGAAGCCAUCACUCCGUCUCCGCUGACCAGCGUCAUGAUAGCCGCUUACACCACGGCGUUAGCCCGAUUAAAGCUAUAUUCGUAUUUAGAAAAGUUAGAUCGUCGCGUGUUAUAUUACGAUACCGAUUCGUGCAUAUAUUUGAACACCGGUGAUCCCGACGAGUACGAGCCGCGUACGGGAAAUUUUUUGGGCGAUAUGACGGACGAACUCGAGAGUCACGGCCCGAGUAGCUACAUCGAGACAUUCGUAACCGCCAGUCCGAAAUUUUACGCUUACGUCGUUCGCAUGGGCGAAGGACGCGCAUGAGAAAUUUGCAAAGUGAAGGAGAUAACCAUGAAUUUUAAAAAUUUUUGCGUGCUUAAUUUUAGUUCCAUUAAGUCAUUGUUACUAGCCGACGAAAAGUUAAAGAGGGGAGAAAAGACGGGUGAGGAUAAAACCGUGAUAAAACUGCGAUUUAGCGCAAUUCGACGCACCGUAUUUCACGACAUCGUCACAAGAGACGAGACAAAGUCCUGCAUGCCAGUAUUAUUAAAGCGUAGUUUUAACGACAACGGAUACUCCGUACCGUACGGUUACGUUUCCAGCGAAUAGCGAUAUAUAUCUCUCUCUCUCAUUUGUUUCACUUAUUUGCAGUGUAAGAUUUUAAAAUUAUU